AUGGAAAUCGAUUCCUUGAAGAUUCAACUGACGAAUCUGCUUACCCUUCCCCAUGACAGCGACACCAAUGAAGAUGAUGCCGUCGUCGUCAUCUUCGACUACAUUCACGGCGCCCACAAGGUAGCCAACAUGCUGUUACUGGAGGAGAGGCUCCCUGAGCUACAACAGUGCCUGCAUCUCUGUCAAGCAGCCAUCGGGGAGAUCGCCUUGGGCCUCGUAGCAGAAACUACAACAGCAGCGGCCGACACAGCCUCAGAGGAGGCCGCCACUUCUGCUGGUGCUGCUCCGUCCACUACCCACGACACCUCAGGUCCUCUCGGUGCGAAUGGGAAGGCUGUGGACUCAGUGCUGAGUUCCUCUUUGUUGCCCUCAUCCCCGGGUACAACAUCGAAGCCGCGGCGGACCCCGCUGGCUCUGCGCCGCGACAAAGACCGUCACGUCUUUUCGGUCUUGGCAAGCCGCACAGCGCGACUGCAGAAGCAGCUGGAGGCCUCUAUGCGGGUCUGGCAGAACCGCAAUACCAACCACCACCUCCACAAACUCAACCUGGAGUUCAGGGACGAUGGCGUGGACGGGACACUAGACAGGUGCGAAGCCGCGGCGAGCAUCUGCUUCGUUCAAUGGCAGCUGCAACAGCUCCCCCAUGCUGCUCCGAUGACGCUGGCGCUUCCACCAACCUCCAGUCGUGGCGCUCCGGAUAGCAGCGCGCAGAUGCCUGCCAUUCGCCCCCCGCCUCGGGCGACUCGCCUCUCCGCGCCUGUGCAGGGCGGCCACGGCGGGUCACCAUCGCUCCGCCUUCCGUCGCUCAGCGCACUGGGGACGUUUGGCACCGCUCGCCAACAAGCGAUCCUUGCCGCGCGGCCGCCCUCGCCACCACCGAGGCGCGGUAUCGUCACUGGUGAACGGUCGAACCUCAACGGGUGGAGACCGCACACGUGUCUACCGCCCCUUGCUACUGACAGCCGCGCACUGGGCGAGGGUCGCUAUCAAGCCCACGCCCUAGCUGGCGGUGCGCUGCACAAGCGUCUGCAGUCGACUAAUCACGUUGGGACUCCCGCAGCCGAAGACAGGGAGGUGAAAAACGACGGCGGCAUUCGUGCGGCUCAGCAGCUAUACGGCACUCAGAACGAGGACAGUAUUUCCCUCUACUCACAUGACAUACAGGAGAAGCGGCGUCGGUGGAGCUCCUCGGUGGCGGUGACCCAGCCAAGCCCCACCGCGUCCUAUCACGCGACCCAACUGGCGUCGCGUACCAUGGCGGUCAACGACGCUGAUGAAAAGGAGGAGGCGGAUGGAUCGGUUGUGUACGACAGCGACGCCGGGGGUUGUGCUAGCGGCCAGGUCGGUUUCGCUCCCUUCCAAAGGCCGCAUACGGGAUGGCUGCUGCGGGCGGCACUGUCACGGCUAGGGUCCACCGCCAGUACCCACGUCCCCGCCUUGUCCCCCUCUUCCCCUUGGCGUGCCGGUGACGGCGUACCGUGUACCGCUGCCAGUGUCCUCGCUACCGACAGCCACACUCCACCUCCAGCCCAGUCUCCAUCUAACCUGGCGGAGGCUUUUACGCCGCGGUGCCGUGUCCUGCCUGUGUCCACUAACGCGCCUGUCACGACAUCCUCUGCGGCCAAUGCGAUGGACUCCUCGACACCGUUGCAGCUAAAGGCCGCUCGAGGCGUGCCGCGUGACGACGCGCACGCCGCGAUAAGUGCCGCCUCUGCUUCGAUCUUGACGCCAUGCUCGGCAUCCCUGGCGACGCCCAGCAUGACUUCGGAGCUGCUGUCUCUCCAGUCGGACGCCACAGUCGCUGGCUCCCUCCCGCCUCUGACAGGGCUGGCGACAACAACGUCCACGAUAUCGGCCGACGCGGCUCGCGUGGUGCAAGCCGCUCGGCAAGCAAUGCAGUUUGCGAUGACGAGUCUGAAAGCGCAGCAUCAUCGUACUGCUCAGGCGUUGGAGCAGUACGAUGACUUGGCUCUCUCCCGACUAUCCUACAGCGCACGCCAAUCCCUGAUAGCGAGUUGUGCGCGACAAGCAACGCAUGAGUGCGUGGGCGUACGCAGCAGCAGCACCGGCGGCAGCGGUGGAGACGAGAGCUCCGUGUGGAUUGCUUCGCCCGCUUCGGUGGACACGCCUGCCACGCCAAACUGUUCCCUCGCCGCGGCGGUAGCGGUCACCAUCGCAGAGCAACACCAGUUGCAGCACCGGAGGCCCCUGCCACCGUUGUGCCCAUUGCCGUCGCAGCAGCUCAGCCCAGGUGCAGAACAGCAGCUUCGCGAACUCCACACGGAGUGCGAGCAGCAGCUGGCGGCUUCUGUGUUCAACGUGCGAGAGAUGGAGGCGCGGUGGCUGGCACAACACCGGCAGCUGGAGGCUUGCGUCGCGUUGCCUCGUCUAAAGAACUCUGCAGAGUGCUGCCGGCACCACCGCCCUCACCCCACGCAGCGCAGUCUCUACGACCCGCCGCAUUGUGAGAGCACCUGCCGACGCCCCGGUGAGCAAUACAGUCACUCAAAUUCUCGCGGGAGAGGGCACGCGCGGGGUGCAGCGCCCCUGCACACAUUCUCCGUCCCACCCUCGCCAACAUCGCCUGAGUGCAAGUCGCCGGUGGCCCCUACCGUCAUGGCAGAAGCGGCGGCGGCGACAGCGACGGCGGUUAUGCAACAGGGUGACGACCAGAGCGAGGACGGCGAGGCAACAUCGCCGGCCUUAGGGCCUUCGCACACGGAGAUCGUGGCUCCGAGUGGCAUCACCGCGGCCUACCCAUUUUCCGCCAUCGCCGCUGUCUCUAGUGAGAAGGGAGUGAGCGAAGACGCUUCCGGGGAUAGCUCUGUGCUGCGGAGUGCUGCGGAGACGAUGCGGCCCGUCGCCACGGUACUCCCCCCCGCCAAGCACGCGACACAGGGGACACAGGAAAGUGGUGAUGCAGCGGGGACAAGAAUAGCCGUUGCUCUUGCUGCUGCCAGUGCACAGCCAUCACAGCAGGGAAGGCACAGCGAUGCAGGUGGCGCAGCGGGGCACUACACGUACAACGCAGCGGUGGACGCGCUGGUUUAUGCCCGCCUGACUGCCAGGACCGAUGCAGUCCCACCGCAGAAGGCACGAGCCUCCUUAGCCGCAGCAGAGGAGAGCGGGCCAAGCACCGUGGAGGAGACGCUCGUAGCAUGGCGGUGCAUGCUGCAGGCGAUGGGCAGCACUUCGACAACGACGGCGGUCGUGCGUGGCUCAGGGAUAAAGGCUGUGGAGAUGAACGUGGGUGCAGCUUAUUCUUGUCCUUCCCAAGCCAGCGUCUGUGAGGCAGCCGCAGCCGUAGCGCAACCGCCCAGCACAGCGAAGGGUGACGUGCGCCGCAUGGGGAAUUACAUUCGUUGGUCAGCUGACUUGGUCCGCGGGCGCCGUACGCAGCGCGUCGUCUGCGAGGCGUUGCGUCAAGCCUCUAAGCACGUGCACCCCGGCGACCUCGUCCGUCCUGCGUGGGGGUCAGUCGCUGCUGCUCAUCCGCAACCGUCGUUGUUGGAGCUUCCUGGUGUGUGCCUGACCGACGUGGAUGAAGCGGAGGCGAGCACAAAGGCACUGGCGAUGUGCCUUACAGCAAGCGCAAGCACAACCUCGCCGGCCCCCACGGGUGCGGCGGUCACCUUCAACUCUGCGGCACCGUCACCGCCAGCAACGGUCGGCCUUCUGAGGGACAAUUCGAGUUUCAACAAGACGUCCCCCACGUUGAGCGUCUCGUCGUCGCAGCACACGCUCACUAGGUGGAGCAGGGGCAAAGACAUCGCACCGUGGCUGCCGUCAUCCGUUGACACUGCCAGCACCUCGCCACGCGACGUUACGUCUGAGGGGUCGUCAACAGCAGCGGUAACAGGUGUGCUCCGACAACUGCAUGCGGCGUACCGCGCGAACGCCAUGCUACGAGGCAUCAAAGAUUGGACAGCCGUGGCGCCAGUCCUCCUGGCCCGCUCGCUGCCGCUUAGCGUACGUGCAGUGCGCAUUCAGAAGUGGUGGCGUCAGCGACUCGCCGUUCGCUUGUGCCAACAGCGCCGCUCUGCGCGGGAGACCUAUCUCAUCGAGGAGGAACGCCUCGAUGCCGCCGCGCUGCGGCUGCAGCGGCAAAUUCGUGUGCACUGGGCUCAGGAGGCCUCGGCGCGUCGCGCUGCGGCGUGUGCCGCCUGGACAGAGCACCGCGUGGCCGCCGAGCGGACCUCCACAAAGCACAGCGGCUUUGUCAACGACCUCGCAGGCGGCAGCGUCGCUUUUGGCGCCUCGAACUCGCUCACCUGGACGCCGCCUAUGCACAGCCGUCUCGGCGGUGUCGUCGCACCUCACGUUUUCAGCAGCAGCGGCGGCGGCGGGGGGGCGUCGUCGUCGUCGCAGCCGGUGAGUCGUGCGCACUCAGCCCACAUUGCGUCGGCGGCCGAGGUGGACAAGGGUGCCUCCAUCUUCUUCCGCUCUGCCCUGGCCACCGUAGCCCCCGGCGACGACGAUGCUGUAGAUGGCGACCGCGGUCGGUGCGAGAUGGCGUGUAGCUUGCCGUCAAGAACGAAAACAACGCCAUUGUCGACGACCACACCAACAGAGGCGGUGUCAGCGAUGGCUCUGACAGCCGCCGCGUCGCUGCCGGGGCACCUUGGCACAGCCAGUAAGCACCGACCCCUGCCAACGCAUCGAACCUCAGGACUACAGACGCCGCUGGAGCUUCUCAACACUGCCGCACAGCGCAUCCAACGGUGUUACCGACACCAUCUCACAGCUCACACGGCACGCCUCUGUCAAGACGUGGAGGUACUCAGCGCCGUCCUCACACGACGGGCACCACUCGCCGCGAUACGCAUGACCCUGACUGCUUCACCGACCUCAAGCGUGGCUUUAUCAGUCGCUGCUUCGGCACGAGAAUCGGUCAACGCCCCUGAUGCACUCGUCAUGCGCAACCUCCUCGACCUCUGCACUGGAGAUGUCUACGAGGCGCACCUGCAGCGCAGUCUUGCAGCACGGCGCCACGGCGACUACAAGACCGCACUGCACCACGUGUGUCUUCGGGACUUACAGCGUAUUCGCCAGGAGCGCGAGCGCGAGCAGCAGCGAUGGGAACGUCAGGUGCUGGAGGUGACCAAGACGAUCCAGCGAGUUGGUCGAGGCUAUUGGUGCCGGCGGUGGCUGCAUGAGCGGGGGCUGAAGAUGAGGCAGUCCGCCAGACAUCACCAGAUAGAGGUGCCGCGGUGCUCCCCCAUGAGCGGGCUCCAAAGUGUGCAGCUUCUCAGCCCCAAUGGCCUGGGCGCGCAGCGGGCGAUGUCGGAGGAUGACCUGUGUGCUCAGCUGGCUGGUGGCGAGGCGGUGUCGUCGCACAUGAUGUUGCGCUUGCGUGCAGUGCACCCGCAGUGGUUUGAGAUCGCUGCGGAUCCCACGAGUGCGCAGUACAUCGCGUUGCACCGCACUCCCGCCCAGCUGGCCGCUGUCACCAUAACGGAGGCGUUUGUGGCAGCCUUCGCUAGCCGCGCGGAGGUCUACAACAAGUACCGUCACGGGUGCGCAAAGAGUCUUCAGCUGGCGUGGCGUCUGCAUCGAGCAAAGCUGCACGGCUGCCGCACACAGAGCCACAUUGUCUCAGCAAGCGAAUCAUAA